UAGCCUCGAGUUCUCGCGUUACCAAGGAGUCGAGGUACUGCUACCUGGUUAGUAGGUUGCCCUCACUAGUUGUGCCUCGCUUUUGCUACAGAACUGCUUUGUGGGCAUAAUAUCUGAUGGAAAGCCAUCAGGUCGCAAUGCCUCCGGACACAGAGGAGACAGAGCUGCUUCUUCUGGUUGUGACGCUUCUGUGCCACUGGACGAGGGUCGUGUCUGCCGCACAAGCCUUCAUGCACGCCACGGAUGUGCAUGAUAGUUUGCCGCAGGCUUCUGCACUUUCGCCGGUCAGUGGGCGCAGGGCGCGUGGGUCUCGCCGUUGGGUUGCCUUGGCCGCCGCCCCCACGCCGCGCCGCUUCUGGGUGUACCCGCACCGUAGCAGGGACUGGUGGUAUAACUGCGUGUGGUCAUCAUGGAACGAUGAGGAAUGGCUCAAGAACUUCCGCAUGAGCAGAGGAACGUUCCAGAGGAUCGUUGACAGCCUAGCACCAGCAUUGAGGCGCCAAGACACACGCAUGCGGGCGGCGUUGCCCGUGGAGAUGCGAGUGGGGAUGGCCAUUUGGUAUCUGGCCAGUCCCAACUCCUUCAGGGAGGUGCGGCAGCAGUUUGGAGUGGGCACCACCACCGCUUUCGAGGCUGUCCAUGAAUUCUGUGAAGCCGUGAAGAACAUCCUGUUCAAGAGGGUUGUCCGGUUUGCGGAUCCAGUGGAGAAGGUUAUGCGCGGAUUUGCCAACAUAGGCUUCCCACAGUGCGUCGGAGCAAUUGAUGGGUGCCACAUACAGAUUCUAAACCCAUCGGACGCCCCUGCGGACUACAUCAACAGGAAGAGGGUGGCCUCCAUUGUUCUUAUGGCUGUUUGCGAUGACAAAGGACGCUUCUUUGAGGUGGACAUUGGUCACCCCGGUAGAAGCCACGACGCGCACAUUUUCAGGGGUUGCCAUUUCACACAGGCCAUGGACAGGGGGGCCUUCUUCCCAGUUAACCCUGUAUUGUCCAUUCACGGCGUGGCUGUCCCACCGUUGAUUUUGGCGGAUGGCGCAUUCCCCAUGCGGAGGUGGCUUGUAAAGCCAUACCUUCAUCCACGGAACGCGAUAGAGCGCCUCUCACUAGGCUGCCCUUCCAAGGCGCCUGUGCGGGCUCGUUGGCCCAUCCCCCUCUCGCAAUUCUAUCACCCUCAGUAA